AUGGCCCAAUUCAGAACUAAACACUAUGGAGUUGCCCUGUGCCUGAUACUUUCCCUCUUCGUGGGAUCGUCAAGUGCCGAGUGCUGCACGGAUGGCGAGACAAAAGUGGAUCCGGAUGAUUGCACCAAGUACCUGGCCUGCUGUCACGGCGAAUUCGUAUCCAAGUCGUGUGCAAGCGGAUCCUAUUGGAAUUCGGAUUUAGAAGUCUGUGCUGUAGACGAAGGCCAGUGCAAUCCUCCAGGCUGUGUGGAAGGGGAAAUUGCGCCCAAUCCGGAUAACUGUGCCGGCUACUUAGAGUGCGUCAACGGAAACGUAGUGAUCCAGACCUGCCCGGAUGGUGACUACUUCAACUCGACCCUGGAUAAGUGCGUUGAAGAUACCUGCGGAGUGUGCAUAGGCUGCACCGAGGGAACCAAGAAGGCCGAUCCCAGCGAUUGCUCCAAGUUCCAGAUAUGCGUUGACGGCAAGUACGUGUCUCAAUCUUGUGCCUCCGGAUAUUACUGGAAUUCAGUAAACAACGAGUGCGAGGUGGACAAUGGACAGUGCAACGGAAGUGGAUCGUCGUGCACAGAAGGUGAUCUUAAAGUAGACGCCACCAAUUGCGCUGGAUACUUGGCUUGCUCGAAUGGCAACUGGGUGAGCAAGCAGUGCGCCGAUGGAGCUUACUUCAAUGCCACACUUAAGACUUGUGUGGAGGACGUCGACGGAGUAUGCGUUAAUUGCACCGAGGGAUCGACGAAGCCCUUGGACGACUGUACCAAGUAUGAGAUCUGUUCCGGUGGCCAGUAUGUGACCAAGUCCUGCAACAGUGGUUACUACUGGAACAACCAGACAGAAGCCUGCGAGGUGGACAAUGGUCAGUGCAACGGAAGUGGAUCGUCGUGCACUGAAGGUGAUCUUGAGGUGGACGCCACCAAUUGCGCAGGAUACUUGGCUUGCUCGAAUGGCAACUGGGUGAGCAAGCAGUGCGCCGAUGGAGCUUACUUCAAUGCCACACUUAAGACUUGUGUGGAGGACGUCGACGGAGUAUGCGUUAAUUGCACCGAGGGAUCCACCAAACCCUUGGACGACUGUACCAAGUAUGAGAUCUGUUCCGGUGGCCAGUAUGUGACCAAGUCCUGCAACAGUGGCUAUUACUGGAACAACCAGACAGAGGCCUGCGAAGUGGACAAUGGACAGUGCAACGGAAGUGGAUCGUCGUGCACUGAUGGUGAUCUUGAGGUGGACGCCACCAAUUGCGCAGGAUACUUGGCUUGCUCGAAUGGCAACUGGGUGAGCAAGCAGUGCGCCGAUGGAGCUUACUUCAAUGCCACACUUAAGACUUGUGUGGAGGACGUCGACGGAGUAUGCGUUAAUUGCACCGAGGGAUCCACCAAACCCUUGGACGACUGUACCAAGUAUGAGAUCUGUUCCGGUGGCCAGUAUGUGACCAAGUCCUGCAACAGUGGCUACUACUGGAACAACCAGACAGAAGCCUGCGAAGUGGACAAUGGACAGUGCAACGGAAGUGGAUCGUCGUGCACUGAGAAUGAAGUUAAGGUAAAUCCUGCGGAUUGCGCCGGAUACUUGCAGUGCAUAAACGGAAACUUUGUGGCCAGGAAGUGCUCCGCUACGCAGUUCUUCAAUGCCACACUGGAGCAAUGCGAGGUCGACACUGAGAAUGUGUGUAUUCCGAAGACCUGCGAUCCCGACUGCUGCGAUGUGCCCAACAAUUCCAUCUGGCCCGUGGAGAAGAAUUGCUCCGCCUUCUACCAGUGCGUAAAUAGCAUUAAGUACGAGCAGCGGUGUUCCAACAAUCUGCAAUACAAUUCGAAAAUAGAGCAGUGCGAUUAUCCCGAAAAUGUUGACUGCGACGAUGGAUCGGCGCCGCCAAGUGGUCCAAAUGCCGGACCCUCGGGAACUUAUUGCGAGAGCCACGGACGAUGUGUUGGCCAGCGGGAUGGUACCAUGUUCGGCGCUGCCAGCGGAACAUGUAGUUCUGAAUAUGUCGUCUGCCAGUGCGAGUGUGAGGUGAACUUCAGUUGUUCGUCUGGACUUUUGUACAAUUCGGUGGUCAAAUCCUGCGAUUGGGCCGAUAAUGUUAAGUGCUAA